CCCGCCGCCUUCCGGGGCCGGCCCGGACCCCCCCCAGCCCCGCCGCGAUGCCGCUGCCGCGGGCAGGCCGCUCGCCGCCGGCGCUGGCCGCUCUCUCGCAGGUGCUGCGGCUGGAGCGGAGCCGCCGGGCCGGCUUGGUGUUCCCGCUGCGGAAGCUGGAGCGCUCUCUGGCUCCCGGCGUCGACACGGGGCGGUUCCGUCUCUUCCAGCCCGGCUUGGCCGCCCUGCAGCGCGCCGAGGCCUUCUUCAGGUCCGGCCGCCAACACCCCAUCGCCUACGUGAGCUCGGCCGUCCGCAUGGCCCACGCCCCGCCGCCCGCCCUGCCCGAGGUGUGCUUCAUCGGCCGCAGCAACGUGGGGAAGUCGUCUUUGAUCCGGGCCUUGUUUUCGCUGUCUCCAGAAGUGGAGGUCAGAGUGUCCAAAACGCCGGGCCACACCAAGAAGAUUAAUUUCUUCAAAGUAGGGAAGUACUUUACUGUGGUGGACAUGCCAGGAUACGGCUACCGUGCCCCGCAAGACUUCGUGGAGAUGGUGGAGGCCUAUCUGCAGGAGCGGCACAACUUGAAGAGGACUUUUCUAUUAGUUGAUGGUGUAGUAGGACUCCAGAGAACAGAUCAUACAGCAGUAGAGAUGCUGGAAGAGUUUGGGAUUCCUUACGUGAUGGUGUUAACAAAAAUUGACCGAGCUUCCAGGGGACUGUUGUUAAAGAACGUACUGGAGAUCCAGGAUUUCAUAAAGGAAAAAACUCAGGGGUGCUUUCCUCAGCUAUUUCUGGUCAGUUCUGUAGAGUAUUCAGGCAUUCACUUGCUAAGGUGUUUUGUAGCCCAUGUUACUGGAAACCUGCCUACUGUAGAAGCCAGCUGAAAAGAUUGGCUCCUGAUCUGCUUGACUUGUCCAGAACAAAAGCAGGUGCAGCAUGAUGGCACACCUUGCUUGCGUACCCCAAGUUGUCCUGUUCCAGGUAGUUGAAGGGAGAAACAUCUUUAGUGGGGUCUACUUUUUGAUCACUGUUGGCUUGAAACAGAAUGGAAUAAAAGACUGAUGUCCAGGGGAGCUCUUUCCUUCAGUACUUCAUCAUCAACCAGUGCUGCAUCCACCUGCUGUGUUAAAUCCAGCAUCAAGUUCUGCUGCUGCACUCGGAUGAAUUGCCAGAGGUGACACAUUGUCCUUUAUCUGUUCUACCCCAGCAGCUGAAGCACAACACUGAUGUCCCAAACUCUUCAAGAGCGUUGUAGUAGCUCACAGAACUGCGUCCCACAGCAGCUGUAUCUGGCUAAGAGCACCUGAAACUGUCCAGUUACAGGUACAGAAUUGGAAAAAAGGGCUGUCAUCAGCUGCAGCAGUUGUACAGGAGAACUUAGCUGGAGAACUCAGACCAGCUACUAAGUGCCUGUAUCAAACUCUGUCAGUCUUGUCAUGUCUUAACAUUGCCAAAUGUGGGUAUGUGGUUGUCAAAGUUACUUAAGUGUUUAAAUCUCAAGAAGGGGCAAAUCUUUUGUGAACCACUCUCAGGGUGACAAGGUGGUAUUUCUAGUGUUUUCUUUCAUUAUGGAAUUUCCUGUAACUCUUAUACUAGAUAUUAGGUGAGGUGUGUUUUCAGCAUACACGUAAGAAGUGGGGGUGUGAGGAAUGGAGUAAGAAGAUCUGGAUCUCUAGCUUCCGUAUCUUAGCAGAGAUCAAACUUGGAAUGCUCUUAAUAUUUUACCUCUAAUCCCAGAAUGCUCCAGAGCAAACUAGCCCAUGGGAUGCUUGAUCCUAGGGCAAAGUGCAGUAGUUUCUUGACAGUUGGAACAGGUGCAAGUGAACACUUCAGGAAUAAUGUUUUCUUAGUAUCUUAAAACCAGGGUCUUCGAAAAGUAUCAGUCUUGCCAAGGCUGUCAUUUCCAAGGUCUCAGUCUUGACUGAAGAGCCUCUGAAAAUAAGCCUGCAUAUGUGAAGAAAGUGCAGUUCUGUUUUUAGUCCCCUUCAGAACAAAACCCCUUAUAGUGUGAGAAAGUAUUUUAUUAAUCACUUAAAUACAUUAAUACAAUAUGUCUGGUAAAUCCAUUUGUAUAAAAAGCACUUUGAAAUGGCAGCAGAUUGUGAAUUGGACCCCAUGAUCCUUGUGUGUGUGUACAGUUGCCUUGAGGUGACCUUAGUGGAAGCCACAUGGAGCUAGGCCAUACAUUUUCUUACAGCUGUGCUAGAAACAGCAGGCACAGCCUUAUCCUGAAGAACAAGCUUCACCUCUGGCCAUAUCUGGUUUUUCUGCUGUGUUGGCCAAAAAAUCUUCAUUCACAAAUGCUUCAGAUACUGGAAUAACUCUUGCAUUGUGCUCAGCCAUCUGCAGGAGAUAAUGCCACAGUUUGUUACACACAGAUCAGUGCUCCUGGGACAGGUAAGAUAGUAAAUUUCUGAGCAUCCUGAUCUAGAGGUGUCCCUGCCCAUGGCAUGGAAUGAGAGGAUCUUAAAGGCAGGUCCCUUCCAACCCUAGCCAUUCUAUGAUUAAAACUUACAUUUAAGUGCCUUCAUGGGAACAUGCUUUGGGUAAACAGGCAUCUGACACACUAGUAGAUUUCCUUGCCAAGUUUUUAAGGAACUGGCUGUGUUGCUGACUGAGGAAUUGUACUUUCUUAGGCCUGGGACACACAGAGUCUCCCUUUCUUUUCCCCUACUCAUUGCUCAUUGGUGGGCCUGGCAGCACACUGAAGCAGCAGAGAUCACUUCAGUUUUAAAUGCUUUUAAUGUCUUAAAUUGUUUGCAGUACAUACACCAUGCUACAGGCACCCAGCAUUGCUUUGUAAAGCUCUGCCUCUUCUGCAGCUGUUACUUACAGAACUGAUACUGAAUACAGGCUUCUAAGGAAAAGGA